AUGGUAAAAAUGGAGUCAUGGACAUUACUCCCUACUUCCCCAAACCGUUCCUUUCUUAAGCCCCUUCUGUAUGACAGCUUCUUUCCAUUCAAUGAGUCUGACUCAGAUGAUUGUCCUCGAAACAUCUCUCAUGAUGCCUUUGAUCAGACAAGCUCUGUGGUUAUCACCUUUGUGUACUUUGUGGUGUGUGCUGUUGGACUCUGUGGCAAUGCACUGGUCAUGUAUGUAAUCCUUUGGUACGCUAAGAUGAAGACUGUCACCAACAUCUAUAUCCUUAAUCUGGCUGUUGCUGAUGUCCUGUGCAUGCUUAGCUUGCCCUUUAUUGCAAUUCAGCUAGCAUUGAUUCACUGGCCUUUUGGUGCUGCCAUUUGCCGAAUUGUCCUAACCAUGGACUCGUUAAACCAGUUCACCAGCAUUUUCUUCCUGACUGUGAUGAGCUUUGACCGGUAUCUUGCAGUGGUACAUCCAAUCAAGUCCACUAAAUGGCGCAAGCCACGAGUAGCCAAAACUAUCAGCCUUGCAAUGUGGGGGGUAUCACUGCUGGUUAAUUUGCCCAUUAUGAUUUUCAGUGGUCUGAACACUAAUAAGAAUGAAGCACGGACGUGUACUAUGCUGUGGCCAGAACCUCAAAAUACCUACGAAACUGCGUUCAUCUUCUGUACAUUUCUCUUGGGCUUCUUUCUGCCACUUAUUGUUAUUUGCCUGUGCUACCUGUUCAUUGUGAUCAAGGUGAAGUCCUCAGGUGUGAGGGUUUGCUCCAGCAAGCGAAAGCGCUCUGAGCGCAAAGUGACCUGCAUGGUAUCCAUUGUGGUGGUUGUGUUUGUGCUCUGCUGGCUACCGUUCUACAUGUUUAAUGUAGCAUCUGUAACUGGCACACUCAUCCCUACACCAGUGCUGAAAAGCACCUUUGAUUUCGUCGUGGUACUGGGAUAUGCCAACAGCUGUGCUAACCCCAUUCUCUAUGCAUUUUUGUCAGAUAAUUUCAAGAAGAGUUUCCAAAAUGUUCUGUGCCUCAGGAGAGUGGGCGGCCUGGAUGAAAUUGAACAUAGUGACAGCUGA